UUUAAUUGUCAUGUGUUUUCUAGCGUUACACAUAUACAUCGGUACUCUCUCACAGUAUAACUAAAUUUACGGUAGGAGAAGGUUGUGUUCAAGUUAGUUCUAUUAUCCAUCGGUUAGGAAUUCGUUAUACGAUAUAAAAAUGUCUUCUGAAGAUGAAAAUGACGAAUUAACAGAUUUAGAAAAAAUACGUGAUCGAAUGUUAAGUCAACCGCGUUGUGAUCGUAUGCAAGUUAGUGCUUGGGAAGACGACGAUGACGGAGUAGAAGCUGAACGUAAUGCGAAAGAGCCGGAUGAAAUAGCGAUUCUAGGUGCUGCUGAAAAUGGCGAUAUAGAAAAAAUUAGAAAAUUAUUAAUUAAAGAUCCUAACUUAUUGGAAUGUACGGAUAAAGAUGGAUAUACGCCUCUUCAUAGAGCAUGUUAUGGAAAUCACGUGGAAAUUGUUGAGUAUUUGCUUAAAAUGGGCGCGAAAAUAGAUACAAAGACUAUGGACGAAUGGCAACCGUUACAUUCUGCUUGUUGUUGGAAUAACGUAGAAUGUGCUGCCAUUCUAAUUGCUAAUGGAGCUGAUGUAAAUGCAAAAAGUAAAGGAGAUCAAACUCCUUUACAUUUAGUAUCAGCAAGUUCUCAUAAUUCUCCUGCUUUACAACUUCUUCUUUUAAAUCCUGAUGUAGAUCACUUGAUAAUAAAUUCAAGUGGCGAUACACCCGAGCAAGUUGCUAAAAGAACUGGUAAAUAUUAUCCGAUGUUUGAAAUAAUUGAACCUUGUUUAAAUGAAAUUUGAAAUGAAUUUAUAUAUAAUACUUAUAUCAUUAUAAAUUUAUUAAGCAUUUAUGUACACAUGUAUAAAAUUCAUAACUAUAAAUAUUAAUAUAAAUGUUA